CCACCCCCAUGGAGACCCCAGGACUGGUUGUGCACGGGGAGGCUGCGCCCUUCUCCACAGCACUCCGAAGCCUUCUCAACAAUCCCCAAUACAGGUGAGGGGGUGGGCCCUAUCUAUGGGUUUUCCCUAACUGGCUUUGCUGGGCCCCAUGACACUGAGGAAGCCUUGGGUAUAAAGAGGUGGGGAAGACGACCCUCCUCCCUGGUGAACUCAGUCUGGGGAAGUCAACUGUGGAGAACGACUACAGGUCACUCAGAGUCCAUGAUGUCCUGAGAGCCAGAGGUGGGGGUGGGGGGCGGACAGUGGGAGCUGGAGCCCAGAGCAGCUGUGUGACUUCAGGCAAAGGCCUUCCUUUUUUGGCUCUUGAGCUCCUGGCAGAGAAAAGCCCUUUGCCCCCUGGAUCCUGAGAGAUGGGAUGUAACUUGAGGUCCUCCCUGGGAGGCAGAGGUGCAGAUGACCCUGUUCUGGGAACUGGGGAUUCACAAGGGAAACAAAACUUAAGGGACUGAGUGAGCCAGAGUCUCAGACAGGAAGUAGUUCAAGGGUGCUGCCUACGGCUCACUGCCCAGGAUGCUUGUGGUGUCUGAAACCAGGGAUAAAAUAUGGGGGCAGGGCUAGAAUGUAGCUUUCUGUCCCCACUGCCUGAGAGCUGGGCUCCUCCUUAAGGGUUGGUGACUCCCAUAACCCCACUACUUUGGGGAUUGCAGUCUGAUCUGAGUAGUGGGAACCCCUGGCCUUGGACCUGGGACUAGGAGGCUCCAGAAGCUCAAGCUUCAUUUCCUGCCUCCUACCCCCAUGCUGUUGGGAGGCCCAGAGGCUGGGGCCGGAAGUGAUUGUGAAGAUGGAAAAUGUGGUCUGGUCUCAUGAUAGUGUAUCGCUGCCAUAUCUGUCAGCAGCCAGUGCGCGCUGCAGCCCCGUUCCCAACCCCCUCCUGCCUAGAGGAGGCUGAAAAAAGCUGAGUUUGCAGUCUGUGGAGCAGGAGCCAAGAAGAGUUUCCUUUACCUCAAGACUCAGGCUGGGGAGGAGAGGGGCAGGUAGGAUCAAUCUUGCAUCAGCCUUGGUGCCUCCUCAGUGAUCAGGCACCGCCACCUUCUCCAAGACCUGAGGGUCUGGGAUUACUAUCCCAUUUCACGGAUGAGAAACCUGAGAUUCCGAGUGAUGUAUGCUUUGUGGUCGGUCAAGAACGGCAGGAGGUGUUCGCCCACCGGUGCUUGCUGGCCUGUAGAUGCAACUUCUUCCAACGACUUCUGGGCCCAAAGCUGGGCCCUGGGAUGCCCAGCCCCGUGGUACUAAGCUCCGUGCCGGCGGAUGCCUUCCUGGCAGUGCUGGAGUUCCUGUAUGCCAACAGUGUCAGGCUGCACCGCCACUCUGUGCUGGAGGUGCUGACAGCGGCUGUGGAAUAUGGGCUGGAGGAACUACGAGAGAGGACAUGGAGAUUCAUUGGAGGUUUCGGCUGUGCCUGGAGUUUGUGGUGAAGGUGCUGGAUGUGGAGCUGGUUUGUGAGGCCUUGCAGGUGGGUGUUGCUGGACCGGCUUGUAGGUGGGCGUCAGCGUGGAAGGCUGCACUACACCCUUCAUUCUGUUCCCAGGUUGCCGUAACCUUUGGGUUGGGACCGCUGCAGGAGCGCUGCAUAGCCUUCAUAGAGACCCACACCCAGGAGGCGCUCCGGACCCGCGGCUUCUUGGAGCUGUCGGCGCCCGCGUUGCUGCCCCUGCUGCGCAGCGACAAGCUCUGUGUAGACGAAGCUGAGCUCGUCCUGGCUGCCCGGAGCUGGGCGCGCGUGGGCGCGGCCGUGCUGGAGCGGCCUGUGGCCGAGGUGGCGGCCCCGGUGGUGCGAGAGCUGAGACUGGCCUUAUUGGCCCCGGCGGAGCUGAGCGCCCUGGAAGAGCAGAACCAGCGGGAGCCGCUCAUCCCGGUGGAGCAGAUCGUGGAGGCCUGGAAGUGUCACGCUCUGAGGAGAGGGGAUGCGGCCCGGGGCACCCCGUGCCGCCGCCGGAGGGGAACCCUGCCACGGGAGCAUCAUUGCUUUCUGGAUCUGCCCUUUAAGUGAACAAGGCCGCGAUUUGCGAGGACUUCUGGGCCUGUCCCAAACUACAGCUCCCGAUAUGCCUGGCUCUCAGAAGGGGCUUCCGCCCCCAGCAUGCCCUGCAAGCCGGAAGCUGGAGGAACCGCGAUCCAUCCCGCGCCGCGCCCUGUGGGUGGGAUUAAGGGGGAGGGAAAGGAGGGGAGGGGCGGGGCUGGGGCGUGGCGUGGCGUGGCCCCAAAGCGAUUUCCUUUGCGCUCUUUCCCUGUCUCUUCAGCGCCUCUGGCCACGUGGGCCUGGCGCCUUACUUUUAUAUCGCCCACAUGUUUUCAGCUCUGCUCCCUCUUUAUUCCAGACCUAGCUCUUGGCGAUCUCUCCCCGAACGCCCGACAGACACUUCAGACUCAGUUUGAAACUGAGCCGCCUUCUCAUCUUUCCCAAGUUCUGCCCGCGUCGUGUUUCUCAUCUAUGUCAGUGUCUAAACCAGAAACCUGCCUUGCCUUAUUCCUCCUCACAUCUGCCUCCCGUGGUUUCCACCUUCUCAGAGACUGAAUGGUAGCAGAAUGUGCUAAUCCAAAAUAUGCCUCUUUGGUGUAAGGAUUAUUUUAAACUAUUUUGAGAAACAGCUGAAGCUCCGGAAACAGUACACAUUGCCCUUUUGUAAGAGAAAUUUAUAUUUAAAAAGGAAAUCUCCAUUUGUAAGGGUGUCUCAUUCUCUGUACCAGAAAAAGAAGGAUGGUGAACUCACAGGAAGAUUUUGGUAGAUAAGGCACCCACUAGAAUCAGCUGAACAAACCGUAUCUUUUUUUUUUUUUUUUAAGAUUUUAUUUAUUUAUUUGACAGAGAUCACA